AGGUUCGGGUACUGCGUCCACACACUGCUACCACGUUCCUUUUCCUAGCCAGCUGAUCGCUUCCUUUUGAAUUCACUGUCGUUGUUUUUGUAGAUUCCAUUCACCUCAGUGUUAUUACCAGCGCAUUAGCACCAGCGUUUGCACGCCACCACUAUUCAUAUUUUCCCCUAUUUUUCGCGCUUCUGUUCCACUACUGCUAUUACUGGUGCAGGCAUUGUCUUGUUUUUUUUUCCUUUAUGCGGACGGGGCACUCAUCUCUCUCACUCAAAUAGCGCUAAAACUGUCUAGCGAUCAGAACUGUAUGUCACUGUUUUUGUUGUUUUUUUAUUUCCUCUGCUGAUACCUCUUCUUCACACUUUUUCUUCUUGUCGUUAUCAACUGAGAACCUCGUGCUCACACUUCUGGCAUCAUCUUCUUUUUUCGCUUCGCUGAGAGAACUUUUUUGACCCUGUGCGUCACGCCAUGCCAUCAACGCCCGCCGCUUCCGACGAGAUUGAAUGCUUUUCCCUGUACCUGUAGGUCAGCAGGUCCCGAUUUACCAAGCAGAUGCCCUCUUCUCAAGCACUAAGCAACCUUUCCGCCCCAACUCAAAAGGUUAUUGCAAGCACAGCAAACUCGUCCGGUCAGCGAAGCCUACCUGUUGACGUGUCCAUCGCGUUUCACCGUUUUCAUCGAUGGUUGGCGCAGCUGCAGAAGAGCGUGGACGCCGUGUGCGAUGACGCCUACGUGCUGGACCGCCUCAUCCUACAAGGUGUUCUCCCUCUCCGUCAGCACAGUGGUGCGUCACCGACAGCUGCGCAGAAUGGCCUGAAAGCUGCCGUUUACGAGCUCCUCGUUGGUGCCGCCGAGCGCGAACGGGUGGAAGUGCAGAAGGCUCGCCAACACCACCGCGCGUGGAAGCUCACGGGGACAGCGCAGGGACGUCCGGGCGAUAAGAAAGCGGCCACGUAUUCUCAUUUCCGAUGUUCUUCGUCGUCUGCAGCGGCGAACUCUGAUGUCACUGAUGCUGCUAUCAUCGCACACAACAGCACUCCACCGUGCCCCUGUUGCGUCUUUCUCGCUCAGCAGCACAUGACAAGCGGUGAGCAGCGGUCGCACAGCAGCGGACACAGCAGCGAGGAUGACGAUGAAGACUGCGGUGAAGGUAAUAAUAUGAUGCCCAACGGCAUCACCAACGGUGCGCGUCAUCGUCACAGCAACCACGACAAGCACGUCGUUGCCGCGAACUACGCUGCAAACAGCACACCCGGUAGUCAUCAUGAGAGCCCACAUCGGCGACAGAGUUCUACGACGGCUUUUGCCUUGAGUGCGAGUUUUCCAGCGCGUCUCAAAGAUGCCGUUCGCGUCGGCAGCGGCACAGCAAUGGCGCAAACGGUGACCGCGCACUCCUCGCAUGCCUCCCGAAAGCUAUCUUCCGUCUCUGGCACCUCAAGCUCGCGAGAGCACGAAAACUCAACUCUCAGCCGUUUCGGUAGCAGGGGCCAGUCGGCGGAGGCCUCCAAGGCGGCGGCACCGCAGCUGCUGCUUCCAGUCACCACAGUGAGCCCUGUAUGUUGGCUGAGUGCGGCAGCCAGUACAGACGAAGAGGGGAGCGAUAAUGAAAAUGAUAACGGCGGUGAUGAUGACGAAGCCCUUCGAAAAACCAGCGACGCAACCUCGAACAACAAAUCAGCUGCAGAUGCCGUGUCUAUGUUAGCGGCGGUGACACACCCCAUUCCGGUAGGCUCUGACACAAUGCCGAGCCGAACCCUCCAUUCGUUUUGGUCGCAUGUCAUGCCCGAGGACGUACGCCGCUGUUUCCUCUGCAGUGGUCAGCUGCUGUUCCAAGGCUGCUGGCACGCUUUGUACCUCCUGCAGCUCCUCACGAUGCUGAGUGCGGUGCCGGCCAUGGUAGCCCCUCUUCCGCUGCCCCCGCCUACGGUGCUGAAGACGCAGCCGGUGGAGGCGCUGCUGCUGCUGCUUCAAACCGCCCAACGCUGCUUUGUUGCGGGGUUGACGCUGACCGCGGCGGUAAGUACGCCAUGUUGGCCGUCAUCAUCGAGUCAACGAAACGAUUUGAAAGAAACGUGUCAUGACGCUCGUGGUCAAGCAACGCACACCGCAAUCGUGAACACCAGCUCUAAUACCACAGCAUCAAACCGGAGUGCGCUGGACGUCUUGCGUGGCGGUCACGGCGGUGGCACGGCGGCGCAGUCACCUCCUGUUUCGGCCUUUCUUGCUUCAUCUUCUCUUACUCAACAGCAGAGCAAAGAGGAUCAGAUGCUGAGUUCGCUAGCCAUAAGCAUUCUUGGCGUUGUGGACGCCAUUGGCGGCGUUGCUGCACCGGUGUUGUGGCCGCACAAGCCCGUGUGCUACUCCUCUGCGUCCUCCGCUGCCGCCGUACCAGCUGUUUCGUCUCCACACUCCUUGACAGACGCGGCGUCGACAGAGAAGUGCACUUUGCUUGACUUGAGAGGGGACGUGCUGGCCUUGCGUUUCCGUGUCUUUUACGGCGCCUUUCUCAUUCUGAUGGCACACAACGGCGCGGAUCGAGGCACCGCUGCGUUGGCGGCCGCCUCGGUGGACAUUCUGACGCUGCUCACGGCGGUACACGGAGCACAGCCCCACGACUCUUCCAAAACCUCCAAAGGCGGCCUUUCUGACAUUAUUUACUUGAAUAUGAUGCGCGCGUUUGCGCUGCUCGUGGCUCCCCGUGGCAACCCAGCGGCGAGGGCAGUUGUGGAGAAUAUUUCGAACAUUAAUUGCGGCGACGAUCUGGUGGUGCUUGACGACGAUCUGCGAGCCCUCUGUUGUGUGGUGGCGCUCCUGAACGUCUUCGCCGACGUGGUGCGUGCGCAAGAAGACGGCAGGUCAUCUAAUGUGUCCUCCACUGCCGGUGACUUUCAUCUUUCCGACUCUGCCACGCACCUCAUCGAUGCGAUUGUCUUCCCUGCCCUCGUCGCCCUGCAGAACUCUUCACGCGGAAACUGCAGUGCGCAGGCACGGCCGCUGCUGGCGUUGUGGUGGUUGCUGCGUGCGGAGACGGUCCGGCAACUAGCGGACACAGCCAAAAAAACGCAGGCCGUGAAGGCGACCGUGCGUGUACUCGAGCGAGAAGUUUCCUUGAUGGAAGACGACAACAGCAGCAGCAGCAGCGAUGAGGGGCAGUCGAACGUGGGUGUGAUGCAUUGGUCAGGUUGGCUGAAAGAGGCUUCCCGCGCCGCCGUCCGUGCCAGCAACGCCGCCAGCGAAUUCCUCGGUCUGACGUUUCUCACAGCCUCGCCUUUCGGGUUCUCUUCACCCCUCACAUCGUCUUCGCGGGACUGCUCGCUGCGGUGGCGCCUACCCUUGGAGUUGCCCCCACACGGAGGCAUGGACGUGGCGUGCCUUCCCUUGGCCUGGGUGCGGAUGUGGCUGCUGCUUUGCCCGCCUCUCUUUCACAUUUCGCCCACCAAUGCGCUGGCACUGCAGCACACAGUGCAGCAACAGCAACAGCAGCAGCUGCAGCGGAAACUCGCGAAAGAGAGGAAGGAUGCCGCGGCUGCAUGUGAAGAGGAAGAGUCCUCGAUGGCGGCAUCCACACUGCACACGGGCAAAUCCAACGGCAAAGCACCACCGCGCGGCGGAAAAUCGAGCCGUAAGUCUGGAGGCAAAAGCGGGGAGAGCGCAAAGACAGCGUCAAAAGCAGGAGGUCAAGACUUGUCGACACAGAAGUGCGAGUGUGCCGUUGUAGGAAAGCGCCGCGGCAACAACAGCGAGGCAACAUCUUCACCAGGACUUAACCAGGCAGAGAUUCAUUUGCGCGAUGCCGACGUGCUGCAGCUGCGCCUGCAAAUCAGUACAGAGCCGACCUUUUUUUGGGUGCGUUGGUGUCAGCUGUUUCUUCCCGCUCCUCCUACAUCUUCGCCGCCGUCUUCAUCGUCACAGCGACAGGAAGGAGGGGAGGAAGAUCGUUCGUCCAAGAAGGCUGAGGUCUCGCCAGAAACGCUGUCCCCUGUUGCCGCUGCAGUCGCCGAUGCCAUCGCCCUUCUGCGCAACCCGUCGCUCGCGUCUUCAGUUUCCUCUCUGCCGUCGCAGAAUGCAUCAACGAUGGACGUACCGAAGAGCACACACAACUCCGCAGCGCCACCUCUGUCUACCACGCAGCUCGUCCGCACGCUUCAAUCUGCAUUUCCACUUAUGAUAGCACAGGAUUUGGUAAGGGCAUUAGAGGCGCAGUCACAACUUUUCCUGGCAAGCGAAGCGUACUCAACGACGACAGCGGCAACGAUGGCACGAGCUACGGCGUGUUCUACGGGCACCGGAAAUGCGCUUUUCGCGCCGUAUUCGUUUGUGUCUUCGUUGACCCCUCUGCGGGAGGUGGUGAGCACGUUCUAUCAUAACUUCCAGGCCGCUUCUCUCCGCACGGCGCGGCCCUCUCCACCACGCGCGUCUUCGUUGCCCAUUUGCGUAGAUGACAAACUGCUAUCAUCAUCUACAACCUCAAGUCCGCUGCUGAAGUCUGACGGCAUCCACGCAACAGCGCCACAACCAACGCGAGCGGGUAUAAGGCGUCCGCCUUUGAUGGCGACGUGCACGAUGCCACGACGCGGGGCUGGAAAAGGAAAGUCGUCCUCUCCUCCUCCUCCGCAAGCUACCGGCACUGACCCCGCUGCGCCUACAAUAGCCGCUACAGCGGAUGAUAGUGUUCCACCGUCCUCACUGCCUGCCGCCCAUGCGGAACAAUAA